UUAUCAUAUUUAACAUCGAAUCUUAUCUUGAACGUACUUCAUAAGUAAAUCAGUUCAUCGGCUUAGAAUAAAUUGCCAUUUAUUUCAAUGUUGACCGUGCAGUCGAAAUGUGAAAGAUCUGACUAUAGAGACGGAGCCUCAUUUUGGACAUGCAAAUAUUUGGGAAUAAGUUGUUAGCCUAUGCCUUAUAUCUAUUUAAGAAUGGCUCUUGCUUAUGAGCGAGAUUAACCGCUGCCUAAAUGGAUUGCACUUGACCAGCACAAUAAAUUACCCUAUUAAGGUUUUAUAUGUUUGUUACGACUGCAUAUGAUACGUAACGGUAUGUUUCUGUGAAAUUAAAUUUUCCUGGAUUAUAUUGGUGGCUAAGAUGAGUUUUUCAGGCUGUCUUUAUGUAUGAAUGAUAUUUGACAAAAUUAAUAGUAUUAGUAAUGGAAGUGUAAAAAAACUCACAAACCAAAGUUUAGUGGUAUGUAACCUUCCAAUUAAUGUACGAAAUCGAUGGGGGCGAAUAACCGGAAGUGAAACAUUUUGGGUGGAUUAAUGAUUGUCAGUUUUGUUAUUGUUUUGAUUCUUAUAUUAUGCGAUUAAAUGGCUUACAGUUAAACAUGAGUCAACAGAAGGCGAAAUUUGUUUCCUAUAUCUCUCAGAAUUUUCUUGAACCAACGCCAAAGCCCAGAAACUCGACUUUCAAGUCCUAUAUCGAGGAACCUGAGGCGAACACAUAUAAUGAAAACCAUUAUAAUUUGUCAGAGCCUGAGGAUGCCACCAGCGUUGACCAGCGGGUGGAGCAGAGUGCUUCAAGGUUCUAUGAUGAAACUCCGCUGCAAAAUAUGAUGCCAGGUGAACGUGUGCUGGGUGAGGCAGACAGCAUUCUCAAGUUUGUGCCAUACUCGGACUGCAAGCAGGGCUGCUCUGGCAUGCUCUAUGUAACCAACUUCAAACUUGCUUUCCUCACUGCUGACCGCUCAUCAUAUGAUAAUACUGGCAAGAGGAACCGCAGUAAAAUUCUUGGAGAUGAUGAUAUUCCUCUCACCAAUAUUGACAGCAUAUAUACUGUAAGCUUAAGUGGCAAGAGGAAGAAAAUGACAGUGGAUUCAAAGAUGCCGACAACUGAAACUCUGGAAGUGCACUGUAAAGACAUGAGGAUUGUAAAAUAUGGAUUCAAAUUCGCACCCAAAGAUCAAAACAAGAAAUUUGUGAACACUUUAAUACAUCAUGCAUUUGCGAAGAAAGAUACACUCUUGUUUGCAUAUGAGUAUGGAAGAAGCAAUGAGCUCAAAGAUCGUGAGCUGAUAUGCGACUGCCCAAUGUUUGACACAAUCAUAGACUGGGAGGAUGAGCUGCAGCGUUGUAAAGCCAACAAGACGUGGCGCGUGGCCGAUGUGAACAUGAGCUUUGAUAUGUCUCAGAGUUUACCCAGGUACUUUGUGGUGCCCACUGCUUUGAUGAACAAUGACAUACAGAAGGCAGCAUCGCAUUUCUCUGACCGGAGAAUACCUAUAUGGUGCUAUACACAUAUCAAUGGUAACAGUCUCCUUCGAAUGUCUGCCCAAGAUUCGGAUACCGAUCAACCCAGAGAAGUCUCAAGGCAUGGCAGCUAUAGUAAUGAUAGGAUGUUGGAUGCAGUGAAGGUUGCCAGCAAUCAGAGAAACAAGCCGAAGAUUGUGAAAGUAGAGGAGAAGUGUCCUUCAUGUCAGGAAGUACAGGAGAGCUUUGUCAAGCUCAGAAAAAUCUGCAUGUCUGACACAAUGCAAGAGUUCUCGAAUCAAGAUGCAGUGUGGAAUACAAGUCUUGAGAACACAAGAUGGCUGCUACUAGUCUCCCGAUGUCUGGCAGCGUGUAAUGAGGUGGCAGAGGAAGUGACAGGGGGCAAGAGAACUGUUGUGAUUCAAGAGAGGACCGGUUGGGACCUGUCCUGUCUGGUGUCAAGCGUGUCCCAGGUGCUGCUGGACCCACACUACCGGACCCUGGCAGGGUUCCAGGGCCUUGUGCAGAAGGAGUGGGUCCGGAUGGGACACCCCUUCCAGAGAUACCUCAGCCUUGUCACUGUCUCAGAGGCAGACACAGAACAGGUUCCGAUUUUUCUUCUUUUUUUGGACUGUAUAUGGCAACUUUUGAUACAAUAUCCAGCUGCAUUUGAAUUCACGGAAACCUAUCUGACCACAAUAUGGGACAGUGCGUAUAUUGGACUCUUCGAUACAUUCCUAUUCAACAAUGAUCAUCAGAGGUACCAUUUUUCCAGAAAUGAAGGCAAGAACAUAAAGCAGUUCAAGCUUCCUUCAGUUUGGAAAUGGGACUUUCAGCUUGGCUCAGAAGAUUUCUCCUUCUUCAAGAAUCCCCUGUACCUGAUAACCCACGAUGAGGAACUCGUGUCUUCUCUGAAUGAACUACAGGUUUUAUCGAUUCAGGGAAUGUUCUGCCGUAGUUCAAGGAACAAUUCUUUUACCACCAGCCUAGAACAAAAUAGAAACCACAGUCAAGAUGCAAGACCUGAGCGGAUUGACCCACUGAAAAAAGACUUAUUGGUCCCGAACUGUUCAUCGCUGUCCAUCCGGCUGUGGACCCAGUGCUACCUGCGCUGGCAGAGCCCCGCCCAGAUCCUGAGUGGAGGGACCCCUACUCAGUAUUUGCAGCAGUGUGUCAUGGUGGAGGAAAUUGCACAGCUGCACCACAAAUUGAAGACUCUGCAGUUGCGUGAAAGUUUGUUUGUGGAGUUCCGUUCCAAGAACGACCUAAUCGUCAGUCAUCAACCGAACAAGUCGAAGAUAUCUGAACUGCUGAAUUCUACAGCUUUAUCGUCCUCGUUUCCGUUCUCUCCCGGCCCGGCACUGAAGGAAAAGCAGUUCUCAUUCACGCCGAUCUGUUCAUAUAUUCGAAACAGUAGCUUGGACUAUGAUAAAUAUGUGGACGAUGACUGGACUGGAACCUUAUGAACUCAAAAGCCUUAGUUUUAAACCCAUCAGGAUCCUGAUGUAACACUUAAUCUCUAAUCAUACAUGUAAAGUGGCUUUUUAUGCCCCCGGAUCAAAUGAUCCGGGGUAUAUUGUUUUAGGCCUGUCUGUCUUUCUGUCUGUCAUUCCGUCAUUUUGUCCCAAAACUUUAACCUUACAUUAAAGUUUUGCAAUAACUUUUGAAAUAUUGAACAUAGCAACUUGAUAUUUGGCAUGCAUGUGUAUCUCAUGGUGCUGCACAUUUUAAGUGGUGAAAGGUCAAAGGUAAAAAACAAACAAGCAAAAAGCGGUGCAUAAGGGGGCAUUGUGUUUCUGACAAACACAUCUCUGGUUGAAAGAAACUUUACAAUCAUUGAGAAUUACAGAAUUUUUAUAUUGGAGCUGUUUACCUUCGGUUUACUUUUCCAAUGGCUGUAGGACAUUUAUAUUCCAGUAAUUGUUUAGUCCCAUAAAAAAUAAGGAUAAAGCUGUGAUGAAAAUGUUGAUGAAUUGUGUAUGUAUAUAAUUUUCAUUGUCUAGAGCAAUGUAGGCUGUAGACAAUUGUUGCCAUUGUGGGACAUUUGAAUUUUUGUUUGUUAUUUAUCAACCUCAUUAAGUUACUGGUCAUACUUGUAACAAUUACGCCAUUCCAUUGUUUGUUUUAAGCUUGUUUACAAAACAUUAUUUAAAUUGAUAUAAUGGUCAUAUUUAUUUAUGCUAGCAUGGUUGUAUGCUCUCAAAACUAAAACCCAAGUAAAUUGAAUUGUAUGUAGAUUAUUAGCAAAUAUUAAUAAAUAUACUAUAAAUAUGCCCCUACUUUCAGAAGGUUUAGAUGGGCUUAUAGAUUUGCACUUUUCUAUCUAUAUUAACCAGCAUGUGAAUGUACACCCCUUGUAUUUUAAUUUUGAAAUUCUCAUAAUAAACAGAUUUAUUGCCUCUUUUAUGCAUAAUUGAUACAAUUUUUAUGCUCCCCAAAAAUUUAUUUUGGGGGGAGCAUAUAGUCGCCACUUCGUCUGUCCGUCUGGUGUCCGUCCGUGCAUAAUUUUUGUGUCCGGGCUAUUUCUCAGAAACUAAUGACCGGAAUUCAAUGAAACUUUAUGGGAAGCUUCACUACCAAGAGAAGAUGUGCAUAUUAUCAGCGGGUUCUGGUCGGAUGAUUUUUCACAGAGUUAUGGCCCUUUGAAAUUUUCCAUUAACUGUACAUAUAGUGCAAUUCUUGUCCGGGCUAUUUCUCAGCAACUAAUGACCGGAAUUCAAUGAAACAUUAUGGAAAGCUUCACUACCAAGAGGAGAUGUGCAUAUUAUCAGCGGGUUCUGGUCGGAUGAUUUUUCACAGAGUAAUGGCCCUUUGAAAUUUUCCAUUAACUGUACAUAUAGUGCAAUUCUUGUUCGGGCUAUUUCUCAGCAACUAAUGACUGGAAUUCAAUGAAACUUUAUGGGAAGCUUCACUACCAAGAGGAGAUGUGCAUAUUAUCAGCCGGUUCUGGUCGGAUGAUUUUCACAGAGUUAUGGCCCUUUGAAAUUUUCCAUUGUACAUAUAGUGCAAUUCUUGUCCGGGCUAUUUCUCAGCAACUAAUGACUGGAAUUCAAUGAAACUUUAUGGGAAGCUUCACUACCAACAGGAGAUGUGCAUUUAAUCAGCCGGUUCUGGUCAAAUGAUUUUUCACAGAGUUAUGGCCCUUUGAAAUUUUCUAUAAACUGUACAUAUAGUGCAAUUCUUGUCGCCCCAACUACUUUUCCUUUUAUCUGAAUAUAUAGUGCAAUAUUGUAACAAAAAACUUUGGGGAGCAUCACCCAUCUCCGACGGUUUCUUGUUAACUUGUGUAGCUCAUACAGUGAGUAAGCAAAGUAUUGCUGCUAUUGAACUGAAACUACACAAACAUAUAAACCAUUAGGUGAACUUGCAGACCACUAUAAUUAAGUACAAAUGUUUUUUAUAUAACCCUAGUUAUGUCCCCUUUUUAAACAUAAAAUGACAUUUUUUGCUCGUUUAGUGUAUGGCUAAAAUAAUGUUGCUGUUAGAGGGCUGAAACAUAAUGAACAUAUUAACCAGAAUGUGACCUUGCUCACAUCUAUAUUUUAGUUGGGAUAUUUUUUACAAAACCACAAAGGCCUUUUUGAAGCGGAUUUUUUUUUUUUAAGUUUCGUCAUGUGUAAAUCAAAAAGUUGUGCUGCUAGAGGAAUGAAACUUUAUGCUAUACACACAUAAAUAAACAUAAUAUAAACUGUCAUGUGAACUUGCGCACCUUAAUAUUUUUUAUUCAGAAUUGUUUGAUAUUUUAGGAGGUUUGGGACAAAACUAAUGUUGGGACAUCAGUGGCCUGUGGACUCAUUUCUUGGUUGCCAUAUUAUGUAUGACACAUGUCAAUCCGUCUGAUAAUCUAAUUCAGUUUUAAAGUGUUCCUAUUUAACAUGAAUGGUGUGCAAAGGGGUGUGAUACAGAUAUCAAGUUUAUAUAAAUAGUGGUGCAUUGUUAAAUUCCCAUUUUCUUUUCAUUGAAGCCUUUUUCUAUACCACGUUAUUAUCCAGUCCUUUGAUCAUAGAAAAAUGGCACCAUGUACAUUCUAAGAAAUGUUUUCCACAAUUUUCCAGCUAAUUGUGCACUAGAUGGUAGAUAGAUAGAUUUAUUUCGAUAAUGAGCAACAUAACAUAAUACAACAACACAUACAUACAUUAAAAUUUAACAACAAUUAAAAUAUGUUAUUAAUGAAAUGAUGUGUGAUGAAAUUUUAUUCAAGAAUAUGUGGAUUGUUUUAAUGGCUGAUUUUAAACUGUUGAAAUGUCUCUUGUUUAAUGCUCUAUACAUGUAUUGAAGAUGUUGUUUAAGAGGUCAUGGAAGACUUAUGUUAGAAACUUAAGUGCAGUAAGAUUAUUACAUUUUGUUUAAAGCAGGAAACAUUGAAGUUAAUGUGUACAUAAUAUGCCAUUCCAUUAUGUAGAUAUAUAUGAUUGUAACAGUGAUUUUGCAAAACUUUGUAUAAUGGUUUUCAUAUUUGCAAAGAAGAUUUUUAUUGUAUUUUAGACAAUCAGAAUAAGCAAAAUUUUCUAUUUAUAAUUUCAUAUGAAUUUUUCCAAAGCUGGAUGUUUUUGUUUUUUUACAUUUUCCUUAUAUAUGAUCUGUUAUUCAGCUCAUAUUGAAUUUACACGUAUUUUCGACAAAUGAAUACUUGCAGCUUAAUGUGCAUCACAAUGCAAUAGAUAAUGGGGCAAGGUCAGCGUUAAAAAUGGCGUAUAAUUGCCUAUUAUAUGUUAGGGUCUGGUAUUUUUCUAUUUGUGAGCUUAGUUGUGUUAACCAGAUUUAACAAACAUAUUUAUGCAGAGUAAUUGUUACAAAACCUUAAAAUAGUUGUUUAUUGAACAAUGUUAAAAUAUCUAUACAUAUAUGGUGUUUUGAUGGUCAAGCCACAUGUGAUAGAACCUAUUACUUCAUCAGUAAAUUUCUAUAAACAUUAUUCCGAAAAAGUAACUUAAAGUUCACAAUCAUGUAGUAAUUUAAUUUGCCUGUGGGUGUCUGAUAGAUCUGGAUUAAUGUUAAAUAACUGGUAUGUGAAAUCUUUAAAUUCCAUAUUUCUCAUUGCUAUUUUUCUAAACUUCUUUUAAGAGUAAUUUUACAUGGAAAUGCGAAGUAAUGAAACAAUUUAUUGAGCAACGUGCUGUGUUAUGUUUCUCAUUUAAAGGCAAAGGUGACAGAGGAUGUGUUAGUCAUGAUAUGGUAAUAAAUGUUCUUGUGAAAGUCUGUUCUGUUUCUAUAUCAUGCAUACUUGUAUUCCAAACUAAAUUGGCAGAAUGUAUCAUCAUGUGAAGACUGCAUGUCUCGUGCAUGAACUGAAAGGUCAAUGUCAAAAUUAGCAAGUAGGCUUAAAGUAUGACAACAGUUACAAGGGUAUGCACAUACUGUGUUAACUGCUAACAUAAUAUCUGUCACAUAACAUUAGCUUAUGUGUCCAUUGGCAUAUAGCAGGGAAUCUGUGUCCUAUGGACACAUUUUUAGAUUACCAACACUUUUAGGCCAUCAUUAGAGUCCAUGUUUACAUAAAUACUUUAUGGAUUCUUCUUUAUCAACUGUAAGUCACUAGGCUAUUUAUAAAGUGACAAUGUCUAAAAUCUUGCACUUUAAACAAACAAAAGCCCAUAUGAUAUGACCAGGGUCAUGUGAAAAUGGGUCGUAUGCUAUAUGUGGCCAGAGUAGUGCAGUCUGGUUGGGAGCUACCUUUUUGGCUGUAAAAUAAAGCCAGUGUGUGUGGUCACAUUAGCGGGCAGGGUAGUUCCAGAUCAGACUGGGCAGAUACGCUGGUCUGUCUGGAGCUACUCUGGCCACAUAUUGCAUAAGACUAACUUUUGCAGGUCUUAUUCAUAUAAGAAGCCGAAAUUGAAAUAAUUAUAUAACAGAUUCCCCCACUCUGAUGCCUGAUCUUAAGUAUUACCGGUACUAUUAAAAUAAGAAUCUGGCUGCCUAUUCGGAAUUCAUUUUCCAUCCCGGACAUAUAGUUUGUGUUUAUUGGACAGAAGAAUGGUAAUCAGAACACAGAAUGUGUAGGCAGAAGCUGAUAGCAGAGCCCAGUACAUUCCAUUUGUUCUCUCAACAAGUUGUGUGAUCUUAGUCGUAUUAUGUGUAAUAGAGUCUUUGUUGGUUAUUGGAUAUUAUGAUGAAUCCAGUGUUGUUGACUUUCUAUACCUUUGUAGCAAAGGAUAAAUUGCUCUGAUUACUAUGUAUAGAUUAAGCUAAUUUUGACAUUCGCAUGCAAUUUUAUGAUUUCUUUUUGUUUUUUACAUAAUGUUUUAUGUCCUUGUGAUAAUUUUGUGUGUAUUCAUGUUUUCAAAUAAAUCCAAGGCAACAGGUAAAUAACGACAAGUUCAUUUGCUCUGCACACAAAAUAGGAACUACUUUUCAAGAUGUUAAUUUUGUUUAGACCUUGCCUUAAAAACUUGUUUCUUAUCAAAAUGUCUGUCUGUGUGAUCAAACAUGUUAUUUCAUAUUCGAAUUCGUUUUGUUUCUUCUUUUUUUCUAUACCUCAGUUUUCACAAUUUGAUAUACAUGCUUUCUACUAGCAUUUCCAGAGCUUAUUUGCUAUGUUAUUAAAGCCACUUUGUCCUGCAAAAAAAUGAUUAUCUGCUAUGUAUCUAUCACAUGUGUUUGGCUUUAUUCAUCAUAUUUAAAUCUAUCAGUAAAGCUUAUUUUGCAAGUGUAAGCAUUUUCAAUACUGACCCCAUUUACAUUUUCUAUGUGAUACCAGAAAUUUUUGUCUUAGAUGGCAAUUUUUUCUUUUGUUAUUUUUUUUUUCAUUCAGUUGAUGGGCAGUUGAACUUUUCUUUUUAUUGUGUGAGACUUUUAAAAACCAGUGUUCAUUAGGUAUAAUUCUAAAUCAGAAUAUUUUGUUUGUUUUAUCUGGUAACACAUUUGUAUAAAUCUGUAGGAUAGUAUGCUAUUAACGAACUGAUUCACUCUUUAUCUGUUUAAAAACUAUUUUACAGUACAAUCAUUUAAUAAACAAACAGAACCCUC